AUGGGGGCGGGGCUUAGGCUGACGUUUGAACGUCCGGCGGGGAAACAGCUAAGCGCUGUGUUUCUGUUAGCUUGCUAUGCUUUGACUUGUGUUUUAAUGCUAACUGGGUUAAAUUCAAACGCCACAGAGAUGUUCAGGGAUUGUUGAGGUUGUUACGAAAGACUGUGCUGUCACUUUGUUCGGUCUUUUUGGCCAAAUAAUAAAAUGCCUAUCCGGGCAUAUUGUACAAUCUGCUCGGAUUUCUUUGAUCACACCAGAGAUGUGGCUGCCAUUCACUGCGGGCACACUUUUCACUAUGAAUGUCUUCUUCAGUGGUUUCAGACAGCUCCAACGAAAACCUGUCCCCAGUGCAGGAAGCAGGUCAGCACCAGGCACAUCAUCAACAAACUGUUUUUUGACAUCGGGGGAGAGGAGGAGACGGGGUCUGCAGAUCCAGAGAGCUUGCAGAAUGAACUUGAUCGAAUGAAGGCGCUGCUAAACUCCAAAGAGCGAGACUGGCGAGAAAAACAGAAGACAAUAGACGGCUUGAAGGACUCCGUGAACAAGCAGAGGAAAGAGCUGGACAACACGCGCAAGGAGAUGAUGGAAAAGGAGAUGAUCUGUGUUGCCCUCAGAAAACAGAUGGUUUAUCUGGAGACGCAACAGAAGGAAGUUCAGGAUGCAAAGGAGGAAGUCCGCAGACUCAGGACCAAAAUGAAAACCUUUGAAGGCCUGGAGACGUUGUUACAGAGUCAGCGAGACGAAGUGGAGUCCAUGAUCACAGAUAUGGGUGUCAGCCAUGCGGCAGUGGAGCAGCUCUCCAUUUACUGCAUCUCUCUGAAGAAAGAGUAUGAUAAUCUCAAAGGAAGCCUCAGAUCUUCAAAUGACAUGUGUGAGAAGUUGAAGAGAGAAUUGCUCUCCACAAACAACAAGCUGCAAAAAGCUUCCCUAGAGGUGAAUCAGACUAAAGAGGACAUGGAGUCUCUGCAGAAAGAUCUGGCCAACGCCGACAAGGAGAUCUCUAGUCUCAAGAGAAAAGUGGAGUUUCUGCAGAAGACUCUGAGCACGCCGACGCGCACCAACGAAGCCCUCAGUAGGCUCGUCUUUGAAAGCCCAGCCCCACUGGAGCUAAAGCCCCCCCGCCUCCACCAGCCAACGCACGGAGAGAACAUCGAUCUGAACGUGACCUAUGACUUCACCACUCCCGAAGACGUGUCCAAGAGACAGAGCCAACUUCCCUCGAAGAAAAUGCGCUUCGAACAACCAGGAACAUCUGUGUUGAAACAAAGCGAUAAAUCUUCGUCUCUGAGCAAGGCUCAGGAUGAAGCCCUGGAUCCCUUUUUGAGGAACUCCCUCCUCUUCAGAAAGAAGACAUUUGGAAGCAUGUUGGACCCUCAGAGGAAGGCUGGAGUCGUCAAAACUGGAUACGACGGAUUAGGAGGGCGAACUAAAUUCAUCCAACCUUCUCCGUUAGCCGACAUCCGGCCUCUGGUGAAAACUAAAAGGAAGAAAGUGACCCGCCCUCCCAAGAUUUCAACCAGCCGGACUCUGGACAGCUUCCUCGAAUGAAUUCGGGAGGUUCAGGACGAAACCAUUUGUUGAUGCUGCUGUGGCCCAGAGGACGAGCCGGGAAGCGGUCCCACCACUCAGAACUUUGUGUUUUUUUUUUUUCCUUUUAUUUAUGAACAGUAACAUGCUGCACACGCUCAUGACAAAUGCUGCCUUUUUAAAAUGACAUUAGCAAGCCUGAUGUCCGUACUUUUGUUGUUCUAAUUGUCUUUGUACAGUCUGUCCUGAUGAGCUUCUCAUUAUGUCUUGGAAAGAUCCACGCUUAGAUUUAGAUCCAUUUUAAGUAACUUUUUUUUUUCCAUCUCUUGCUAUAUAUGGGCUAUCUCAAAAAUGCUUAAUAAAGUUUGUCAUUGGUCUUUUC